ACAAUGCCUCUGCGCUGCAGAUUGAAUGUGCGUCUUGCCUUUGCAGCAGGUGAACCCUGCCUGCAGCCUGGUACCCACAAUGCAAAGCUAUCCUAGCAGGUCUGAGCGGAGCAAAGAAAACAACAACAACAACAGGCUACUUUACGGAGGAGCAGCUGCAUGGACAGACCAGCACGACACCGACCAGGACUCCACAUGAGAGAUAUGUUCUAAACAGAAUGCAUCUCAGCCUGAUGAUGUGAGUACUGCGGGGUUGAGUCUGUCUGCACCGGUGAUAUUACCCGUCCCUCUGGGGGGGGCUGUUAGCAGGCUAGCUGGCUAGCUCGCUAGCUCUCGUCUGUAUGUGUGAGUGUCUUCCGGCAGCAGCAGCGGUGCCAUGAACAGUGGACUCCCCGCCUCAGCUGCUCCGCUCGGGGGUGCCGCACUGCCCAACGUCAAGGUGAAGUUCUGCCGAUAUUACGCCAAGGACAAAACCUGCUUUUAUGGAGAAGAGUGCCAGUUUCUACACGAGGAUCCGUCCAUGUCGAGCCUCCCUCUGCACGGUGGUGGAGGAGGAGGCAGCCCGGUCCCGGUGCCGAUGCCCGGCGGUGGCGGUGGCGGGACCCCGGCCGUGUUCUCGCUCGGCGGCCCCGCGGCGGCCUCCGGCCCGGUCGGCGGAGGGACCGGAGUGUCCAAGAAGAGCGAAACAGGGCCUGGCUCGUCUCUGGAGGGACAGCUCCUAACAAUCCCAGGGAUGGAGGGUGCCACCCUGAGUGAUGCCAAUCUCACCAACUCGUACUUCAGCAGCAGCUUUAUUGGGGUCAAUGGGUUUGGAAGCCCAGCAGAGACUAAAUACUCAAUGAUGCAGCGAAUGACUACCAGCAACAGCUCUCCCAGCCUCAACGAUGGUGCCAAGAACUUCAGCCACAGCACUCAUGAUCCAGUGAACUCUCCGACAUCCUCACUGUUCAGUGAUUUUGGUGCUCUUAGUAUUUCGCAAAGGAGAAAGACUCCUAACCCGGCAGCAAGUGAGUUCAUCCCUAAGGGAGCUCCACGUAUGGCCACCAUGGUUCAGUCCACUGUCCAGGCCUUUCCCUCGCCUAUCUUCCCACAUCCAGGCCUUAGCAGCUCCACAGCUGCUGCGCUAGCUCCUGGUAUGUCACUUUCUGCAGGAUCUUCUCCUCUCCACUCCCCGAAAAUUACACCGCACACCUCACCUGCUCCACGUCGGCGCAGUCACACCCCAAACCCUGCCAACUACAUGGUGCCCACAACUGCAGCUGACCAGAGUCCUCACAUAAUCCAGAAAGAAACUGUUGGGGGGACCACCUACUUCUACACAGACAACACCCCCGCACCAAUGGCUGGGAUGGUGUUUCCUACAUACCAUAUCUAUCCCCCCACUGCGCCCCAUGUGGCUUACAUGCAGCCAAAAGCUAAUGCCCCGUCCUUCUUCAUGGCGGAUGAACUCCGACAGGAGUUGAUAAACAGGCAUCUGAUAACCAUGGCCCAGAUUGACCACUCAGAGAACCCAGAUGUGCCCUCUGAGGUUGACAGCUACCACAGCCUGUUCCCACUCGAGCCCCUCCUCCCACCAAACCGCAUGCAGAAGACCAGCAACUUCAGCUACAUCACCUCCUGCUACAAGGCGGUCAACAGCAAGGAUGACCUGCCUUACUGCCUGAGGAGGAUACAAGGUUUCCGCCUUGUUAACACCAAGUGUAUGAUGCUGGUGGACAUGUGGAAGAAGAUUCAGCACUCAAACUCUGUUACACUGAGGGAGGUCUUCACCACGAAGGCCUUUGGAGACCACUCCUUGGUGUUCUCCUAUGACUUCCAUGCGGGUGCUGAAACUAUGUUCAGCAGACACUUCAACGACCCAGCAGCAGAUUCGUACUUCACGAAGAGGAAGUGGGGACAACAUGAACCUCCCCCGCCACGGCAGCAUGCAGGUCUGCUCCCUGAGUCUCUAAUCUGGGCCUACAUUGUCCAGCUCAGCUCGGCCCUGCGCACCAUCCACACUGCCGGACUGGCCUGCCGUGUCAUGGACCCCAGCAAGAUUCUUAUCACUGGCAAGACCAGGUUACGGGUGAACUGUGUUGGGGUGUUUGAUGUCUUAACUUUUGACAGCAGUCAGACCAAUCAUCUUGCCCUAAUGCCACAGUACCAGCAAGCAGACCUAGUGUCCCUGGGCAAGGUGGUGCUGGCGUUGGCUUGUAACUCAUUAGCUGGAAUUCAAAGGGAGAACCUGCAGAAGGCCAUGGAGCUGGUGUCUAUCAACUACUCUUCAGACCUCAAGAACCUCAUUCUGUAUCUGCUGACUGAACAGUCUCGCCUGCGAAGUGUCAAUGACAUUAUGCCGAUGAUUGGAGCGCGAUUCUACACACAACUGGAUGCAUCGCAGAUGAGGAAUGAUGUCAUCGAGGAGGACCUGGCCAAGGAGGUGCAAAACGGCCGUCUCUUCCGCCUGUUGGCCAAACUGGGCACCAUCAACGAGCGGCCAGAGUUUCAGAAAGACCCGACGUGGUCGGAGACGGGCGACCGCUACCUGUUGAAGCUCUUCCGGGAUCACCUGUUUCACCAGGUGACAGAAGCUGGGACGCCCUGGAUCGACCUCAGCCACAUUGUGUCCUGCCUCAACAAACUGGACGCUGGCGUUCCUGAGAAGAUCAGCCUGGUGUCGCGGGAUGAGAAAAGCGUCCUGGUUGUGACCUACUCGGACCUGAAGCGCUGCUUCGACAGUACCUUCCAGGAGCUGCAGGGUGCAGCCUCCGGCUCUCUGUAGCGCCCUCAUCG